AUGGCCCCGACUGCGGCUCCUCCGCCUCUCCCGGGCAAGAAGCGCCGUAUUGGUAUGAUGACCAGCGGUGGUGAUGCCCCCGGUAUGAAUGGUGCUGUUCGGGCUGUUGUCCGCAUGGCCAUCCACAAGGGCUGCGAGGCCUUUGCUGUUUACGAAGGUUACGAAGGUUUGGUUCAGGGAGGUGACUACAUUCGUAAGAUGGAGUGGGAGGAUGUCCGAGGCUUCCUUUCUGAGGGUGGUACCCUCAUUGGCACUGCUCGUUGCAUGUCCUUUAUGCAGCGACCCGGUCGGCUUCAGGCCGCCAAGAACUUGAUCACCAAGGGCAUUGAUGCUCUCAUCAUUUGCGGUGGUGAUGGCAGUUUGACUGGUGCUGACCUCUUCCGGAGCGAGUGGCCCAGCCUGCUCGAGGAAUUGGUCCAGAAGAACGAGUUGACCACCGAGCAGGUUGAGCCUUUCCGUCACCUCAACAUUGUCGGCAUGGUCGGUUCCAUCGACAAUGACAUGUCCUCUACCGAUGCCACCAUUGGUGCUUACUCUUCGCUCGCCCGUAUCUGCCAGGCCGUCGACUUCAUUGACGCGACUGCCUUCUCUCACUCCCGUGCUUUCGUCGUCGAGGUCAUGGGCCGUCACUGUGGAUGGCUCGCCUUGAUGGCCGGUAUCAGUACCGGCGCCGAUUUCAUCUUUAUUCCUGAAAACCCUCCCGAGGACGGCUGGGAACAGGAGAUGUGCAAGAUCGUCUCCAAGCACCGUGCUCUCGGAAAGCGAAAGACCAUUGUCAUUGUGGCUGAGGGUGCUCAAGAUCGGCACCUCAACAAGAUCAGCUGCUCCAAGGUCAAGGAUCUCUUGGCGAAUGACCUUGGUCUCGAUACCCGUGUCACCACCCUCGGCCACGUUCAGCGUGGUGGCCCUGCCUGCGCCUAUGACCGUACUCUGGCUACCUUGCAAGGUGUUGAGGCUGUCGAAGCCGUUUUGGACGCCGGCCCGGAGACGCCAACUCCUGUCAUUUCCAUUAUCGAAAACAAGAUUUGCCGCCAGCCUCUGAUGGAGGCUGUGAAGCUUACUAAAUCAGUCGCCGAGGCCAUUCAAGCGAAGGACUUUGUCAAGGCCAUUGGACUCCGAGAUGCCGAGUUCAAGGAAUAUCACACGGCUUACGUGACAACUACGGCUGCAGAUCAGCCCCAUCUCCUUCUCCCUGAGAACAAGCGGAAGCGCAUUGCCAUCAUUCACGUUGGUGCCCCCGCCGGUGGCAUGAACCCCGCAACCCGUGCCGCUGCCGCCUACUGUUUGGCUCGUGGCCACAAGCCGAUUGCUAUUUCCAACGGCUUCCCCGGUCUUUGCCGCCACCACGAUGACAAGCCCAUUGGCUCCGUGCAGGAACUGAAAUGGCUCGACGUUGAGGGCUGGGCCAGCCGUGGCGGUUCCGAGAUUGGUACCAACCGUGGCCUUCCCUCUGCGGACAUGGCCAAGACUGCUGAGUGCUUUGAGAAGUAUCAGUUUGACGGUCUCUUUGUCAUUGGUGGUUUCGAGGCAUUCACUGCAGUUUCUGAGCUGAGAAAGGCUCGCGAGCAGUACAAGGCCUUCCGCAUUCCCAUCGUCACUCUGCCCGCCACUGUCAGCAACAACGUCCCUGGAACCGAGUACUCUCUUGGUAACGAUACCUGCUUGAACGCUCUCAUCGAUUACUGUGAUGCUAUCCGGCAGUCUGCCUCUUCGUCUCGUCGUCGUGUCUUCGUUGUUGAAACGCAAGGUGGUCGCUCCGGCUUCGUUGCAACCGUCGGUGGUCUUUCAGUCGGCGCCGCCGCCGUCUACACACCCGAGGAGGGUAUCAAUCUCAAGAUGCUUGAGCUGGACAUUGACCACCUUCGGGAUCAAUUUGCCAAGGAUCGCGGUCAAAACCGUGCUGGAAAGCUGAUCCUCCGCAACGAGCGCGCCUCGGACGUGUAUACGACCGAGAUCAUUGCAAACAUCAUCAAGGAGGAGUCCAAUGGCCGCUUUGACUCGCGAUUCGCGGUACCGGGACACGUUCAGCAGGGUGGUAUCCCGUCACCCAUGGACCGUGUACGUGCUGUCCGCCUGGCUGUCAAGUGCAUGCAGUACCUUGAGGAUUACUCGCUCUCUGGUGAUGAUCUGGUGGCUGACCCUAUGAGCGCCACUUUGAUUGGUGUCAAGGGUGCGAACCUGGUGCUCUCGCCCAUGAAGCAGCUGGAGGAGCACGAGACUGACUGGCCCGCUCGGAGACCUAAGAAUGAAUUCUGGCUUGGCCUCAAGGACAUUGUGGAUAUUCUCAGUGGCCGUUACAAGGUGCAUCACCCCGAGGCCUAA